AUGUCUUCCUCCAUGUUGUGGUCAGCGCUUUUGGCGAUUUGCCCACUGGCAUCUGCCAACUUCAUGCGAUCGCAUCAUGUUCUCAAGGCUGCCGAGUUCCAGCCGGAGCUGCGUGUGUGCAACGCCUACGCCGGAGGCUCCUUCAAUGUGGUCAAGGCUGGCAAUGUUCUCACCGACGAGCCCCUUGCGUACAUGCACUGCCGUCAGUUUGAGGGUGGGCUGAAGGCUGGGGACAACUUGGAGUUCAAGCAGGGCAACAAGACCGCAGGCGUCUUUACUGUUUGGAGCCUUCCUCAGCAUGAUGCCAUCCUCAUGCUCAUCGCGCACCGCAGCCAAGAUCCAGGUGAAGCACUGACCUUUAUGUCGCAUGUCUUCGCGCCCUCCGACACGGCGCAGGUGGCAGUCAUCGACACUUACAACGGAGCUCCAAGCAACAUCAGCAUCAAGGAGGCAGACAAGAGCGAGCCUUUGAGCUUCGGCACCGUCACAGGCAUUAGCCCAGGAAGCUAUGACAUUGUCCUGGAUGCCGGCAAGGAGCAUCCAUCUUGCAGCUUCAAAGCCAAGAAGAAGGAAUGCUACGUGGUGCUGCGUACCGGCUGGAAGUGCCGCCAGCAGAACUGCUCCUUCCCGCAGCAGGUCUUGGUGUACCCGGAGGACAGCUCAAGCUCCUUUGCCGGCCUUUCCUUGGCCCUUGCGGCUGUGCUUGCCUUGCUGUGGGUCAAGACGCUGUUGGACCCCCGGAGUCUCGACAAGGAGCUGCGCAGCUUGCGCAGCCCAGAAGAGGAAGCACUGCUGGUGCUCCUGCGGAGGAAGCCCGCAGACUUGGAGCCGGAGGUAGCAAGACGCCUUCUUCGUGUAGCGAGGAGGAAUCUCCACGAGCCGAAGCUAUUCUACCAUGCUGUCCAUGCUGCCAAUCGCCAUGGCUUCUUUCAGGACACCCUAGACAUUUGCCUGGAUCUUGUGGAAAUCCAGGGAGUGGACGAUGCGGCGGAGGACCGAAUUCCGGUUGCACGCUACCAUGCCCAGGCAAUGUCCAGCGCAAAGCAAUGGACUGUGAGAGCUCUUUGCGAGGCGAUGCAGGGUUGGCAGCAAGCGACAUGCUGGAGCCUGGCCAUAUGUGUGUUGGGGCAUCUCACGCGCCGGGGCCAGCCUCCGCCGCCGGUCUACAUUGCUGCGUCCAACGCGUGCCAGGACCGGCGGUGGGAUUUGGCCGUCUCCAUCUUGGAGGACAUGCGCCACGCAGGGCAGCAGGUGAGCGCUUUGGAGGGCAAGGCCUCUUCCUUAUCUUUGGUGCGUGCUGGGGCGCUAGCUUCCUGGGGCUUGGCUGUGGCCACCUGGCGUGCUUUGUCGCGGCGUGGCGGGGAUGAGGAUACACAGGCGGAGGUUGUCAUCAACAUCUCGCGGGAGCGCAUGGACCGGUCAGCCAACUGGAAACUGGCGCUGGAGAUGGUCUCUGCCGUGCAGAGGCAGUCGAUGCAGCCCAGCAGAAGUUUGCUGGCUGCGGUGAGGGUGUGCUCACAGUCCGGCCAGUGGGCCGCCACAUUGGCAUUGCGCCAUGCCUGGACUGAGGCAAAGGACCAGUUCUUUGCCCUCCAAUCCCGCGCGACGGAAGACUCACUGGCUCACUGCGCUCGCGUGGUGUACCGCGCAGACACGGAGGCCCAAUGUGGAGCGGUGCUGGCCUUCAGCAGGGAGCUUCUGUGGGAGAGAGCGCUGGCCUAUCUUCCAAGACCCUCUUUGGGCAAGGAGGCCAUAGACUCCCCGGAGAACGCCUACUUGAUGAAUGCGUGCCGCCAAGCGCUGCUUGCCAGUUGCAGGGCAAAGCAGACCGGCAAGGCGCUGGAGGUCUUCGAAGGCUUCCCUGUCGCCCAGAAGGCGAAGUUGGUCUCCACGGCCCUGGAGCUGUUGGCUUUGGGCCCGUUGACCGAGGAGGCAGGCCAAGAAGCCUGCACCCAGGCACUCGCCAUCCUGUCGGCACUUGAGCUAGAGAGAAAGCCCAGCUUCAGCACCCACCAGGUCAUACUGCGCAUACUUGAGCGCUGGCGAAGCGCGACCCACGCGCCGAGAAUUCUGCGGGAGGUGCAAGGCUUCUUGCAACAACGCGCACGUCCUGCCACCAGGACUGCCUUCGACGAGAAGGUGUCCGCUGUGCGCGAGCAGAUGAAGAAAGUCGAAAUGCAGGAGGCCUUGGAUCUCCUGGAGGAGCACGGAGCUGCGCCUUUGGCCGCCAGAGCGGCGGUGUCAAGGUGUUUGCGACCACUUUUCUCCACCCUGCCAAGGAGGCAGAGUUUGCCGGUCUCAACUUCAAGGAGAUGGCUGAUGGAGAACGGCCAGUGGGCCAGAGAGGCCACCUGGCAGCCCAUGAGCCGUCGAAAGCUGCGGGCGCAGCACUUUGCCUCGCUGCUGGUGCGCGGCCAUCAGGAGGUUGAAGAGUCUGAGAGUUGGCAGUGCAGCGCUUGGACGCAGUUCCAGGUGUUCGUGCCGCUUCCGGAAGGUGGAGUGCAACGCCGGGGAAGGUUCCGGAGAUGUCGUGGGCGUAGUAUGGGUGCCAAAGGCUCUGCGACCAUCGCCUCACAGGACUUCGAGAACUACGGACCGCCCUUGGCGGUUCGGAACGCCCUGCUGCAGGUGUUGGGCAUGGUUCAGCGGCCUUACUUUGGGCAGAUCCUGCGGGUCGGCAGACACGAUUACGGCUUCCUGGACUGCCCAGAGCUCUUCGAAACCUUUCAGCGAGAGGUCUUCUUCGCACCCCGGCUGUUGCCACAUGACCAGUGGCACCUGCGCGCCAGCACUUACGGGCCAGAACGUGUCCUUCAGCCUUGA